AUGUCUACUGCUGAGGAGCUCUUGAGGGAUUUUGAAUCGGACGACGAGGAUUUUCAGGCGGGCGAGGGAGUCGAGGAAGAUGUGGAUGAAGAGCAGCAGCACCUACAAAAAGCUGGCUCUGAGGUCACCAAUGAGUUCGAGGUCGCCCUCUCCACCGGUGACGAGCUUACUCGUCUACACAAAGUUUUGCGCGACCACUACUCGGUCAGAUUUCCAGAACUAGAAACCCUUGUUACGAGUCCGAUCGACUACGCGAAGACAGUCGCUAUCUUAAAAAAUGGCCCGCUCAACGAUAUCAAAGCUAUCUCCUCAUCAGCCGACAAUAUGGUCGGCGAGCCGCUCAAGUCUAUCUUGGAUGGCCCCUCAUUGAUGGUUGUUUCUGUGGAGGGUACCACCACCAGAGGACGUGAAAUGACCGAGUCGGAAUUGAAGACGGUGCUCGAUACUUGCGAGAGGAUUUUGAAGUUGGAUCGAGAGCGGAAGGCGCUCACGGAAAGCAUCCAGUCUCGCAUCACGCAGAUCGCCCCCAAUCUAGCAGCCUUGAUCGGACCAGAGACAGCAGCUCAGUUCCUUAACCAGACCGGAGGACUACGUGAACUCGCUAAGAUCCCGGCGUGCAAUCUAGGUGCUCAAGGCAAUAAGAGAACCGAAGGGUUAGGCUUUGCUACGAAUAUUGGCGUCAGAUCGCGGGGAUUUCUUUACAAUUCGGAACUGAUACAGGGUGUCCCAGAUGAUCUGAAACGCCAGGCGAUCCGUAUCGUCUCAGCUAAGAUGGUCCUCGCUACCCGUGCGGACGUAUCCAACUUUAGCCCCGACGGAUCGCUAGGCGAGGAUCUGAAACAACAAUGCUUCACGCGGUUAGAGAAGCUGACUGAACCUCCUCCGAACUCUGGAGUGAAGGCCCUCCCCGCUCCCGAUGACAAGCCAGCCCGCAAGCGAGGUGGUAGAAGAGCUAGAAAGGCUAAGGAAGCAGUUGCUAUGACAGAAAUUCGCAAGGCGCAGAAUCGGAUGGCCUUCGGCAAGGAAGAAGCCGAAGUUGGCUACGGUACAGGUGAAGGAACAGUUGGAUUGGGAAUGCUCGGCCAGCAGAAUGAUGGACGGGUUCGAGCAACUCAGAUCGACAACAGGACUCGAGCCAAACUCAGCAAGUCGAACAAAGGUUGGGGAACCGCGACUCCUGUCAGUGGCACGGCUUCGUCUCUCCGUGGGUUCAGCUCUGGGGUUGGUGGAACGGCAAGUGUUCUACAAGCCAAAGGUCUUCGCUCUUCUGGCAUUGGUACUUCGCUGGGCGGCAGCGGUACGGCCAGUACCAUUGCCUUUACGCCGGUGCAGGGACUUGAGCUCGUUGACCCCAAGGUGCAAGCAGAGUUGAGCCGCAAACGUAAGGCAGAGGAAGACCGAUGGUUCAAGUCGGGUACUUUCACCCAGGUUGGCGGUAGCCAAAGCCACAAUAACUCUUCACAGAAGGAUAAUGGAGGUUUCAAGGUGCCGCCGAUUCCUCCACAGAAGAAGGUCGAUACAGGCGAUGGUAAGAUGGGCCCUCCACCGCUGCCCCUAAAGCGAUAG